CAAUAAACCUCGGGUAUUUAAAACCCCACAAAGCGCAACUGAAGAAUAGUGGCCAUUGCCUCGUUAUACCGCAUAUCGUUCUCUUCACCCAAUACUACUACUACUCCUCCAUAGAGAGAGAUUUUGAAUUUCUAUUCCCAAGAGUAGAUAGAGUUUAGUUUUUUUUUUUUUCUUGGUCUUUGGUCUUCUCUCCUCCUGCUCUAUUUCUUUGCUUGGGAGUGAGUGACUACUGCAAACCCCCUCUUACAAAGCAUUUUUUUUCAAUCCACCAGGUAUAUACUCAAAUCUCAUCCCUUUCAUGGAUCCGCAUUUUCCGCUCUAGUAUUGUCAUUUUUAUUCUUAUUACUCGUUGUGUAUCCAGCUUCUUUUUUUUUUGAAAAACAAAAUGGGCAGAGAGUGGUUAUACUGGGGCAGUGGGAGUGGUAAAUCCAGUAGCAGAAGAAAAACAAAAGGAGAAGAACAAGUCAUGAAUAAUAUUAUUAAUGAUGAAGCUGCGGCACCUUCUCCGGCUGGUUGCAUGUGUUUCCAAAUCUUCGAUUUACCCCAUUUUCAAGUAGCUUUGAACCAACAAUCUCGCUCUCUCAAGCAACAUCAUCAUCAUCCUUCUUUCUUUCAACAUCACAAAGACCCUUCUCUACUCAAAGGAGUUGAAGCACCAAGAAACAGCUUGGAGUUAGAUGAGGCUGUUCCGGAACGGAAAUCAGUAUCAAGUUCAUUGUCAUCUUCAUCAACCAUGAAAGUGGACGAACAAAAUUUGAAUAUCCCGGUAGGUAUUCAAAUCAGAACAAGCUGUGAUUCGAGAUCACCGCGAGUGUCAACAUCAGGAUCAAGAACAAGGACAGAUUAUGGUAUAUCAUCAGAAUGUAGCAGCAGCUCACCGGCGGGGACCAAGACCCCAACACUCGUAGCUAGGCUAAUGGGCCUUGAUCUCCUCCCUGAAAACAAUAACUCACCUCGCAUUUCAAUUUCAACGCAUUGCAAUACAAAGUCACAGUCAAAGAAUGUGUUGGUUAACAAUAACAGCAGUAAAAACAGAAGACGAUUCAGUAGCUUUGAAAGUAGUGAUAUCGCUACAGGUACUCUGUCACUACCAGAGACCCCGAGAAUAUCUUUAGCAAGAAGGUCAGAUGUAGAUCAUCAUCAUCAUCGCCACCAGCAUCACAGGUUAUCUCUUCAAAUUAAUAAAGAGAACAUGGGUGACGCAUUUGAAUUUUCAGAUUCUUCGUCUACUGCGAAAAUGGGGAGGAACAGUAGGAGGAGUUUUCAUCAACAAGAGAAUGAUAACCAAACGAGAAGUCCAGGGUACUAUGCUAGGCAGAUUGUGAAGCAAGUUAAAGAAAGUGUCAGCAGCAGAAAAGUUGGUCAUGACAUUACCAACACGAGUAGUAGUAUAAGGAGAAAAGAUAAUCAAUUAGCUGCUACAUAUGAUCAAGUUGUGUUGCUCAAACCAAAAAAACCAUCCAAUGGAAAUGACGAUGAUUUUCCAUCAAGCAAACAAACAACUCCCUCUUGCUCACCUAGGUUCAGAUUCUUGGAACCCAAGAGUACUAGUGCUAAACAUCAAACUUCUCAUUCACCCAAGUUUUCCCCAUUAUCUCCGCUUUCAGAGACUACCACAUUAUCAUUACCUGCAAAAAUUGUCACUAAGCCUAAGCCUCAAAGUUCGCCAAAAGUCCAAGUGCAACAAAGAAAGUGCGACAAAUUUGUUCCAAAGAAGCCACCGCAAGCUUGCGAUGCCAUUCGGAGCAAGAAAGAAGAGCUAUUUGUUCGUUCAGCAGCAGCAACAAAUAAAGCAAAUUUCUCAGAGAAGAAAUGCAAGCUGAAAACUCCAUUGUCAAAUCAACUUGUUAACACCAGUACUGUUCCAACUAUUUUGCCAUUAAAGAAAGACCCUUCUCCUCCAACCACCAAGUUACUCAUCAAGCAGUCUCAGGAAUCAGAUACUUAUCCAUCGAAAAGGCGCAGUAGCAGCAGCAGCAGAGAGUUAUCUAGUAGUUCGAGCCAUAAUUCGUACUACUACAAACUCACCACCCUCCAAGAAAACCGCGACAAAUGUAACGGUGCUAUUUCCAUUGAUGGGCUCAAUUUUCAUCACCAGUACAUUCAGAGAAUACUAAAACGUACGGGUCUCGACAAAAGUAGUCCAAUCUCUUUAGCCAAAUGGUACUCCCCUUCUCACCCACUAGACCCCUCCAUUUUCCACUACUUGGAACUUUUCAAUUCCACCACACAUAAUUCCACCCUCAGAUCCAAUCGAAAGUUGAUCUUCCACCUCGUCGACGAGCUCCUCGUCGAUAUCUUGAUCAAAAACAACAAUCUCAAGCAUCGAUCGAUGAACGGGGAGGGACUGAUUGACGCAUUGUGCUCGAAAAUACAAGAUUUUCCCUCAGCUAAUUGUCAAGUUCUUGAAGAUAUUGAUGCUUUGAUAGAGAGAGAUAUGAAAAUUGGUGGAAGUGUGUUUUUUGAGGAAGAAGUGGAAAGUAUAGUGUGUGAGAUUGAACGUGAGAUUAUGGAAGAAGUGUUGCAUGAUGAUGGUGCUGUGUAAUGAUGUAGAAAAAACGAACAAGGUCUGACUUGGGUCACAUGGGUAAUUCACGUGAUGAGAUGCCAAUUCAUUUUUUAAGGGUCAGGGGACCAAUAUAAAUUGACUCGUUCUACUUGGAAAAAAAGUAAAUGAAGUGUAGUGAUUAAAACUAAAAUAAUAGGAGUUGUUGCUUUUUUUUACUUUUUUCUCUAAUGUAAAUUACUAUUACUAUAUCUCAAUAAACAACUCAUUAAUUUGCUUUUAUUACAA